ACGCGGCUUUCGGCCAUGUUGUGGUUUUAAAUGAGGAAGAAGCGGGAGAGGUUAUCGUGCAAAAUAAGUUUAUGUGCGCUUUUUCAUUCAGACUAUUUCUUCCGGCUUUCAACUCAGUUAAAAAAAAUUAGCCACAAAUACUGACACACGCAGAAGACUGUUUUGGGGUAGUUGAGAUAGACGAAAUAUAUCUGUUCGUCACUUAUCGCUAGUAUUAGCAUCGCAAGCUAAGUAGCUAGUUAGCUAGGUAGUUGUCGAGGGGUUAAGCUUGGCUUAGGUUAGCUAGCUAGCUAGGUGCGUUUACUGGAAAUGGGGAUUAGGCUAGUCAGCUAACAAAGCUAGUUAGCAUGUGGUAACUCUGGCUACUAGCAUGCGCACGGCGGGCGGGAGUUACACGAAUGCAGGAGCUCGUUGACGUUAAAUGUAAUUUGACUUGUGUGGCUUUAGGAGUUUCCUCUAACGAGCUUCAACAUGUUCAAUAAAUUCUACGAAUGGAUUGAAAGUGGAAUAGCAACUCUGCGCAAUGGAGUGCCGGCUGCUGGAGAUCCAUCCGACACCGUCCGAGUUCAACAAGACGCUCCUUCACAGAGGAAAAGACCAUUACAGAGUUUGGAAGAUGGGGAUGCCAUUAAUCAUGAAGAGGACAGAGCUGUUAAGAAGUUUAGAAUGGGAGAUAUUAUGGACACAAUGAAGAAUGCUGCUGAAGGGAUGAAGACCCAUGGCUCCACUGUUGCUUUGUGGAUGCGCAACAGCGUUAGUCCAACCUUGAGGAACAUGCUACCUGCUUCCCCUGGCCCACCUCAAACUCACAUACCAUCACCUGAUGCAGCCAAUUCAUCGGGAUCUGUCUGGACUGAAAGCAAGUUAAUUGAAAGACCACAUGAAACGCACAAGGACACAUUCGUUGCUCCAGUAACAGCUUUUGAAUGGAAGACUAUCAUUAAAUCAGACUCUUUAAGAACCGAGCAGUCAGUGACUAUAUCGAAGGUCAGCAGACGACAUGUACACACAAGCCUUCCACUCCAUGAGACGCACAAAACCAAUGGCCACCCAGUUACUACCUGCACUUCUAAACCUUGCCCAUCUCCACGACUCGGCCGUCCUAUUUACAUCAGAGCACAAAGAUCACCAAGUCGAUUUUCGACACCUGGGCCAAGCACAGGGAGCACGUCUUACACCAGCAUGUAUGAGAAAACCUUUCCCAUUCGAGUAGUGCAGAAUCCUUCCCCCGGCUCCUCCGGCCGUCACUGGAGAGGCAGAACUCACUGCACAGCACAAGAGUCAGUACGUGAGGAGGAGAAGGAGGUGUACAGGCGGUUACUAGCCAUGGUGUCCGGCGGCCAGUCAUCAUUCUUCCAUGACAGCACUUCUAACCCAGGGAUCCGAUCACAUCGGGAUUUUUCCAGUUUCCUGACUUCGAAUCGCAGGCUGCUGCAGUGUGCCUCGCCAGAAGGCUCAGGAGCGGGAGAGUCCUCUCUCGGUUUAUCCAGCCUGUCUCCUAGUCCCCAGACCUCGAGCGCAAUGCACAGCCCUUCUGCACUCUCCAACGGGCCUGAAACACAGUCCUGGGAUCCUGAUUCAGAUGGCAAAUACGUCGCAAGAAAAACAGUGUUAGCCGAGCGGUCAGUGCCCUCCCCGGCGGCUCUUCAAGAUACUUCUUCUCAGGACACACAGUCUUCUGGUGUGCACUCUGCUCAUGAUGGGGAUUCUGUCAUUUUUGUAAAGGAGCAACAUGGCAAGAGACCAGAGGGCUCCAGCGUACCAUGUUUCCAAGCCGAGCUGUGGAUCAAAGAACUGACAAGCCUUUAUGACGCCCGUGCUCGGGAGAGACGGAGGCUAAUAGAGAAGCAAGAGGCUCUGGCAUCUCAGCUUCAGCAUCAGCGCCUUUCCGGCGAGGGUAGAGCUGAUUUAAGAAGUGUGGAGCUGCGGGUGCGAGUCCCUCUAGAAAAGGAGGUUCCUGUGACGCCUGUUGUCGAGGAAGCAGAGCCUGAAGCAGAGGAACAGGAAUUCCCUGAGUUGACAGAGGCCAUGCAAAAUGAGGUGAACCGGGCACUAAGAGGUGGAAGUCAGGACGACGUGCUCAGUGAGGGAUUCCGCCUUACCAUCACCAGGAAGGACCUGCAGACCCUCAGCCACCUCAACUGGCUCAACGAUGAGGUGAUAAACUUCUACAUGAACAUGCUGGUGGAGCGGAGCAAGUCACCCCACCUGCCCUCUGUCUACACCUUCAACACUUUUUUCUUUCCCAAGCUGCGCAGCUCAGGAUACUCAACUGUACGGCGCUGGACCAAGAAGGUGGACAUCUUCUCUGUGGACAUUAUCUUGGUGCCCGUCCACCUAGGAGUGCACUGGUGUCUCGCUGUAGUGGAUUUCCGCAAAAAGACCAUCACGUAUUUUGAUUCCAUGGGCGGGAACAAUGACGAGGCGUGUCGGAUUUUGCUAAAUUAUUUGAAGCAAGAAAGUGAAGACAAAAAGAAGCAAGAAUUUGAUACCUCAGACUGGAUCCUUCAUAGUAAAAAACGCAACGAGAUUCCUCAGCAAAUGAAUGGCAGCGACUGUGGGAUGUUUACAUGCAAGUAUGCUGAAUACAUCACCAAAGACAAACCGAUCACAUUUACACAGAAACACAUGCCGUAUUUCAGGAGGCGGAUGGUGUGGGAGAUCUUGAACCGAAAACUUCUGCGAUAAGAUCGUGUUUCGAGGACUUACCUGGGAAAGCAAUGACAUGAGGCUCUAUCUCAGAGUUUUUUUUUUUUUUUUUUUUUUUUUAAUUGAGCUUGAUACCUCAGAUUGGACAGUGGAGUGAGAAACAGACAUGGAAGUGGUGCAUUCACACUUCUUCAGCCUGCUUGAAUUUUUAGGGAUGCCUACAAAGGGACCCUGCGAAGCCCAAGUGUUUUUCUCUUAAUAAUUCACUCGUGUUCCCCCCUACAACAUUCAUCGACUACCUGGCAUGCUUUUGCUUUUUGCUUAGAAUUUCUCUGCAGCAUGAUUUCUAUCCGAGUUUUUUUCCUGCCUGUGCCAUCUACGAGGAACUUGUAAAAGUAUGCUCCAUCAACUGUUGUGGGUUUUUUAUUUUUGUUUUAUUUUAUUUUCUAUUUAUUUUUUUUUAACGCAGCAUUGAGUUAAGAGUUUUCACUUCUUAUCUGAAGUCAUAAUUGUUAAUGUCUCAAGGUUGUGGUGUUUUUUUUUUUUUUUUUUUUUUUUUUUUUUUUUUUUU